CCCAGCAGCAGCAGCAGCGGCUCCAGCCCGGAGCUUCCAGGUUCAGAGAGGGGCGGGGGGAAACCCCGCUCACUCACUGGCUGCUCGGGCCGGGACACACGCUCAGUCCGGAGUCCUCCUCCUCCUCCUCCUCACUGCGGGCGAAGCUUUACCGCUGAAACAGAGUCCUGAAACUUAACCGACUUAACUUCUCUUCAUUUCGACUGUUUUACAGACAAUGUGAGGAAAUGGCCGAGCCAAGGUCUGACUGGGUGGAGAUUGUGGAGCCGCGCUCGCGGGAGCGCAUGUACGUCAACCUGCUGACGGGCGAGUGCGGCUGGGAGCCGCCGCUGGGCCUGCCCAUUCGCCAGGCCGACGGCAACCAGUGGUGGGAGCUGUUCGACAACAACAAUAACCGCUUCUACUACUACAACGCCACCAGCCGGCAGACGGUGUGGCACCGGCCGCAGGGCUGCGACAUCGUGCCCCUGGCCCAGCUCCAGGCCAUGAAGAAGAGCUCUGAAUCCGAACUGAAGGGUCAGGGGCGGCCUAUGACGCCAGGGUCAGGGGAAGGCAGGACCACCCCCCUGCCUGGAAUGGUUUCGCCCACCUUAAGCAUCUCUCAGGAACUGGAGAGCAGCGGGAGGGAGACGCCAACCUCUAAAGGGAGGGAAGACAGUCUGGAGAAGAGGAGCCAGGGCGGCAGAGAACCAGCUCAAAGAUGGCAGCCUGCCCCAGGCUCCAAGGCAGCCAUGUUGGUGAAAGUGAGCAGUACUGGCAGGAACCACUCUACAACACCUGCUAGCGCCCAUCACCUCAUCAGCCCACCCUCCAGCAGUACCACCUAUGCUCCCUCCCAGUCCAGCUGGGCUGGCUCCUUUGGCAAGAUGGCUGUUCCUGGAGACCCCAAGCAAGCCUUCCACCUCAAGAAGGCAGACAAUGGCAGUUUCUGCCUGGUAAUGCCAAACGCUGGCUCUACCUCAUGCGCAACGCCCCAACACCCUGUCAUGGCUGCUCAUCGCCCUUCUUCUCCCCCCUAUGGAGCCACACCUACUGCACCAGCCCCACCUAUUUAUGAUGAGCCACCAGUUAUGGAUCCCCCAAUUUAUGAUGAACCACCGAUGGAAAUGGAGGUGGAAGGGGUUCAGCACUUAACCCGAAGCCCCUACAUCCCCACUCCCACCCAUAGUUUGCCUAGAUUAGCUCAACCUCCAAAACUUCUUCAGUUCCCACACGGUAAACACAGGCGGAACCCUUCAGCCGGCGACUACAGCCCGGCAGGACGCGAGUGCAUCAAGCACAUGGUCAAUGUGGACCCUUCCUCCUCCAGACUCAUCCAAGCUCAAUCUCAACCUCAGCCUCAUUUAGCCUCCAAUCAACAUCCUAUGUUGCCCAAUCCCGGUGACAUACCUCCGCAGAUUCCGCCAGGUCUUCCAGCCCAGACCAAAAAGGACAUCUCUCUGGAGAAGAAGCAUUCUUGGAGACUUACAGAGCCCAGGCACAGCAGGCAGAGCAGUUUGGCCUCUCAGGAAUACCCAGGUCCAGCUGCAGUCACUUAUCAGGACUCAGGGUACUCCACUGGACCUUCGCCUAGUCUGCGAAGAAAGAACCGUAGGAGAGCUCCAGGGCCGGGGACAGUUGGCUCAGGCCGCCCUGGAUCGGCAGGCAGCGGAGAACUUCUCGCACUUAAUGAGAAGCUGAUGGCAGAGAUGAAAGCGGCAGUGACUCGCUCUGUGUCCAAGGCCAGCCUGGAUACAGAAAUGGACUCGGAAGCCUCUAUAAGUGGUGCUGCUCGAUCCCCGCCAGGAUCGCUACGGAGCGGAGCACGAACAGGUGGGAUGCGGGGGUCCAGGGAGGACGUCACGACCAGCGAACGCUCACUGUACCGUGAGGGCAGUAAUAGCCAUGGUGAAAUGCCGAUUUCACCAUUAGCAAUGGAGGGCAUGACUGGGAGACAGAAGAGGACGUACGAGAAAGUGGACUCUCUGGAGAAAAUUGGAGCCUCUCAGACAAGCCUGUCCUCUCCGGAACCUCCCAUGUCCCCCUCACAGACAGGAACACUGGAAUCCAAAAGCCAGCCGGAGCUCCGCCCCCAGCACGGCGACGACCACGAAGACAAUAAUGAUGGCAGGUCGGGUCACGGCACCACUUCCGUCCCUUCUGGCCACAGUCGUGCCCCACAGACUCGCCAUCCCUCAUCUAGCUCCACCUACCAGUACCCUUACUCCACCCUGUGCAAACCCUCAGCCAACGUGGACAUGGAGGACUGGGCCAGCAAGAACUUUAACAUGCACACUCAGGGCCUUUUCCGCCGCCGCGUCUCCAUCGCCAACAUGCUGUCGUGGAACGGUGGCUCCAUCAAGAAGCCCAUGCUGAUCACCAGCGAGCGCACCGUCAAGAAGGAGGCCUGUGAGAUGUUUAAGCUGGUCCAAGUGUACAUGGGUGACCGGCCAGCCCGUCUGGACCGCCGCCACACCGCUCUGCUGGUGGUCACCAAGUGCUGGGGCACUCAGGGCCUGCGGGACGAGCUGUACGUGCAGCUGGUCAGACAGACCACGGACAACUCAAGCCUGUGCAGCCUGGAGGCCGGCUGGGAGCUGAUGGCCAUCAGUCUGGCCUUCUUCUCCCCCUCACCAAAGUUCAGACGCUACCUGGAGGGCUACAUCCAAAGACACCUGGAGCCCAGCAACGAUAAGAAGAUUUUACAGAGAAUCAUGGAACAACAGGACAUAAAGAACAAGAAGAACUCAAAGUCCAGGAAGAAGAGGAAACAGAACAAUGAAGAGGAGGAAGAGCAGGGUCUGCCAAUCAGCACUUACGCCAAGUACUGUUACCGCAAGCUGCAGAAGGUUGCUGUGACCGGAGGCAAGAAGGGUCUCAGGAAGCCCACUCUCGAUGAGAUUGAUCACGGACGCAAUGCCAUUGUGACGCCGUCUCUGUUUGGGAGUGCCCUGGAGGAAAUCAUGGAGCGGCAGAGCGAGCUCUUCCCUCAGAGGAGGCUGCCCUGGGUGCAGGUGCAGCUCUCUCAGUGUGUGCUAAACCUCGGCGGAGCUCAGACAGAAGGCAUCUUUAGAGUACCAGGAGACAUUGAUGAAGUGAAUGCCCUCAAACUACAGGUGGACCAGUGGAAAAUUCCAGACAACCUCUCUGACCCUAACGUCCCAGCAUCACUGCUUAAGCUGUGGUACAGGGAGCUGGAGGAGCCGGUGAUUCCACAGAAUUUCUACACACAGUGCAUCAGUCACUACGAGGAUCCCGAGGCAGCCAUCAAUGUAGUUCAGUCAUUACCAGAGCUCAACAGACUGGUGCUCUGCUACUUCAUUCACUUCUUACAGGUCUUUGCCCAGCCAGUGAAUGUGAGCAAGACUAAGAUGGACGUGAACAACCUGGCCAUGGUGAUGGCUCCCAACUGCCUGCGCUGCCAGUCUGAUGACCCGCGCAUUAUCUUCGAGAACACGCGGAAAGAGAUGUCCUUCCUCCGCAUACUCAUUGUGCACCUGGACACCAGCUUUGUCAAAGGCCUCAUCUGACCUCUCAACACUCGAGAUGUAGAACUGAUGGAAUUGGUCACCUUCAUCCUUCUUAUCUUGGAGAAUAGCAGAAAAAGUGGAGAUACUGGUAUUUUGGAAUCUAAUGGGAUCUUUUGGAAUCUAUUGUUGAAUUUCUUUGCGGUGGACGCAAGCUUUCGACCCUCGGUUAUGGAUCUCCCAGCUCUUAAACUGAAGCUUCCGAACCUAAAUCACCAGCAAGAAAAGCCUCAAGCCUAUGACUCAACGACUCACUGAAUACCAGCUUCCACAGUAGAUUCACAUCACCUGAAUCGUUUGAUCAACUUGUGUGAACCAUCAGCCAGGAAAGAGGCUCCUUGUGGAGUCUCCACAGCACUGUACAGAGACUAAAGCUUUUCGGGAACAGAUCGUUCUCACUGCAGAUGUCUUGUUGACGAUGUUGACGUACGAUUUGCUCGAUCCAGGGCAGCCAGACUGCUGAGCACAUCAAACCAAAUGUGCAGGGAUGCGAAUAACACAGCAAGACUUUGGAGAACAACAGCAUGUUCUUUGGUUCUUUGGAAUAUUAUCACUACUAAUUUUUUUUUUGUGAAAGCAGGGUUUCGGACACCCUUCAUGGACAAUCGUGAUCUUUUCUUUUCUUUUAUUCUUAACAGAUUAUGCAAGCAACAAUCCUCAGAUGCUCAGUGUAUUUCUCUAAUUUAAUAGGGUAUGACUGUGUGUUAGGUAUUUAAUGGAUGUGUAUGUGUAUGCUAUGGAGCGUACAAGGGGAGAAUGCAAUGCUCGAUUUUUGUCUUAAAGGCAGGAGAGAAGCUCAGUGGAGAAACAGUGGAUGGCCUGCAAAAGUCUAUUGCUGCGGUGGAAACGGAUGCUUACUCCCUCAUAAGUAGUGCACUAUAUAGGGAGAUAGUAUUUAAUUUACUUAGUAGCGAUAGAAACACAAGCGAAUUUGAGAACACUUCAUUAUCAUAUUGAGAUGUCCGCGAAAUAUUCUUUAACCAUUAUUUAUGUUGUUUUAAAACAUAAGCCCAAUAUUUAAUGUUCACAGUAACCAGUGGCUCAUAAACUGUAACUAGCACCACUGUCUGUUGCUUUAGUAAGAUUCACAAUGCAUUCUGAUCUACAUUUAGCUCUUGUAGUGAGCUAUGAUGUUUAAAUAAUUCUGCUUCCAAGUUUAGCCCAUUUUCUUCCCCAAUUUAGAAUGCCAAUUGGCCCAUUUCUUUUUCUUUUUUUUAUCACAUUUUUCUCCCCAUUUAGGCUAGGCAUUAAUGCUUAUUAUCCAAGCCACUCAGCUGCACUCCCCCUAUCACUAAUGAUGCCCCAACACUAGGAGGGUAAAGACUAGCACAUGCUUCCUCCGACACAUGUAAAGUCAGCCACUGCCUCUUUUUAAACUGCUGCUGAUGCAGCAUUGCUGAGUAGCAUCACAGUGCUCGGAGGAAGACGGUUCUGAUACAUCAGCUCACAGACGCCUUGUGCUGAUUGACAUCACCCUAGGAGUGAUGUGUUGAGAGUGUGCCAUCUACCCACCCAGAGAGAGUAAGGCCAAUUGUGCUCUCUCAGACUCUGGCUGCUGAUUGCUGCUGAGAUUCCAACCAGCAAUCUCCUGAUCAGAGUGGACUAAUUCUCUUUAGUAUUAAUUUAUGAAUUCUACAUCGCUAGCAAUUUUCCCAACACUAGGAGGGUGAAUGCUAGCAAAUGCCUCCACUGAUAUAAAGCCAGCCACCUUCUGUUUUCACUCUGAGAAAAAUGUGCAGAGACCCAUGCUGACCAGCAUCUUAAAGGAGGAAAGAGCACCAUCUAUCCACCCAAAGAGAGCAAAGCCAAUUAUGUUCGCAAAUAUGUCUGGCAGCUGAUGCCAUUGAAGUCAUUGGAUCAUAGUUACACCAUCGUAGUCUGCUGAACCACUUAGCUACGAUGUUCAUCUUUAUAAUGACUUUAUAAAGAGCUCAAAAUCACAUUUGAAUUCUACUUUAUGAUUGGAAAACUCAUCAUAUUUUUUUAUUGGCAUGUCAGUUCACUCAACAGCCAUCUUUUCCAAUAGCACACUGACCUUUCUCCACUUGCAGCAUAAGAAGCAAACUGAUGGGCUGACCUUGGGUGAGUCAUGUUUUAACCAGUGGAUGCUCUUCUCUCCUUUAAAACAAAAAUAGGGAUACAUUUCUGUCACCGUCCAUGACUUUUUUCAACUCAUAAUAACUCACGUUCGGGGUCUCAGAUGGCCCACUGCAAGGUUGUUCCAGUAGAAUCUGGAGGGAAGGGCCUGGAUGGUGUUUCUAAACAAACCAGCCUCCUUUUGACUCUCUUUUCCAUUUGCCUGGGGGGCAAUUAGACCUUUGAUGGAGCACAAACAGCUUGCUAAAUAUAGCCAUUAGCAGGACAGCGGAAAGACAUGCAGUCAACGAGGACUCAUCACUCGUAACUGUUCCUUUAGCAGGGGAAUUAAGUGCGUCCAGAAGCCAGCAGAAGUCAUCACUGGUUCUGGGAAAACCAUUUACAAAUCUGACCCAGAGUUUAAAUAUAUUUUUUACGUUGCUAUUUCCCAAAAGCAGUAAACAGAAGGUGGGGGGUGAUUUCAUAUUUCAGUGAAGCUGAAUUAUAUUUAGCUCUGCGGUUCGAGUUUGGGGGUUUAGCACCCAGCAUGGGACUGGAAUGCCUCUUGGUUUUGGCAAGAGACCGUGCUGGAGUGAACAAACACACAUAUCGAACCCCCCCGACUCCCUAUUUUUAAGCUGUAGGGCCCCAAAUGAGAGGGUUCCGCCAGCCAAAAAAGGGCCAACAAGAUUAGCUGCUCGUUAAAGCCCCUUUUCCAGCAUUUCCACAGCCAUUCGUCUGGGUCCUGCCAGUCCCGGCAGCCUGCUCCCGCACUUACUUUACUGUACGCCUGUCCCAGUUGUCUUCCCCAUGACUGGAGGGGAGGAAAAGAGAGCGCAGGCUCUGCUGCAUUGGGUCUGCGGUAAAAAAAGAGCGCCUCCUGAAGAAGUGCUGACUUAGCAAACGACUCACUUCAGGGCAUCGCUCCCACAGGUUCCACACUGAAUAUUAAAGCAAAAAGAACAGCAAAGUGAACAGCCUGAUUAGAUGAUUAGAAGAUGCAAUACAUGUGUCAUGUUUGGGGAAAAAGCCACACAGCUGGGUUCUGACUGUUGAUUCUAUUGGUAAAUGAAUACCAAAUAUUAAAUUGACAUUUUAUAAAACCAAUACAUAAAAACACAACACAAAGCCAUUUAAAUAUUCUAUAUUCUUUUACUAAAAAAAAAGAUAAAGCCCUUAACCUUUAAGGCCCUGUCCACACAUAUCCAAAUAUUGUUUAAAAACAGAAACCUUUAGCCUGUGUUUUGGCCUUCUGUCCACAUUAAAAAAAUGCUCACUGAAAACUUCUGAUAAGCUUUCUGAAACAAUACUCUCCAAGUUGGGGAUUUUUCUGAAAGCUCUGUUUUCAGUGCUUUCACGUGGACAGGGAAAAUAGAGUUUUUAAAAAAGCUCACAUCAUAAUUCAUGCAUAUUUUAGGCUGAAUCUCUUUACUUGCUAUAUUGUAAAUUACGCAAGUUAAAAACACUACAAGUAGACUGAUAGCACAAGAUGUUUCGAUUUUGAAAUUAGAAUAUUAUAUAAGACCAGGUAAGUACUUUUGGCAGCGUAAGCAGUGUGCCAAUUCCUGCUGGAAAAUGAAAUCUGCAUCUCCAAAAAAAGUUGUUUUUUUUUCUUUUACGGAGAUGCAGAUUUCAUUUUCCAGCAGGACUUGGCACACUGCCCACACUGCAAAUAAUACCAAUUGGAUUUAUAUAAUAUUCAAAUUUUCUGAGACACAGAUUUUUGGAUUUUUUUAUUGGCUGUAAGCUAUAAUACAUCUAUAUAUGAUAUUCACAACUGAAUUACUGAAAUAAAGUAUCUUUUCAAUUAUAUUUUCAUUUUUUGAGAUGCACUAGUAUAGUGGUCGUGCAAGUGUUUUCAUUUCUAUGUGGAUGGAAAUAUUUCCCACGUUUUUUAAAUAUAUAUAACAAUUAUAUUUCUAAUUUAAAAAAUAUUUGAUAAGGGGAAUCAUUUUUAAAAAUAAACGCACAUGUGUGGUAAAAAUGGCAAAAAAAAUGCUUUUGAUAGUCUAUGCAUGUGUGAAAUGCAAAAAAAAAAAAACUUGGUCUCUAUAGGGAAAAAAUUUUACUGGAAAAAAAAAAAGUAAUCCCAUAAUGAAAUUUCUACCUAAUUCAAUCGGAUGCAAUAUAUUUUAUUAUUAUUUUUUUUUUUAUCCUUUCAAGUUAAAUCAAUAAUCCGCAACCGUCUGUAGUGGAUUGACAGGUCUUGUAACUCCACCUAACAGGAUGUAUAAUUUACUUAUGAUCUGUCUGCCUGUUAAUUUGACAGCUUUUUGGUUCAUCAGGAAUGGUUUACAUGUAGAGGAGAAAACAGCAGGUUCAUCCCACUGGAGUAUUCCGCUGGAGUUUUGCUGUAUAUAUAUAGUUACAUAUAUAUGACCGAAUGUGAAUGUCGGUGUGCUCUCCAUGUUUAACUCAGUAUGAACUCAGUUUACCAGAUCUGUCUUCAUUGUUACUUCAUCCAUGGGUUUGCCCUCAGUUACUUCAGGUUGUUUGUCCUGCAAUGGUUUAAAUAUAAUCCUCCUUUUCUUUUUGAUGAAUGCUGAACGGAACUAUACCGGAAUCUAGUAGGCCAACAAGUGCGCGUGUUGUUGAUGCACCCCGUCCUGUAUUGCACUUACCCUUUUCUCCCUCUCCCUGUGUGUGGAUGUCCUUACAGGGACUGAAGACUCUGACUGUAAAUGCUCCUUAAAGUUCUUUCUUUUUCUUUUGGCACAGCAUCAAAGGUGCCAGUGCCUGGGUGUGCAGAAUCUUUGAUCAGCAGCUAAUGCUGACUAUGAAACCAUGGAUGACGUGCAUUUAAAUUUUCUGAAUUUUGUAAAGAAAGAAAUAAAGUUUGUAAAUUUGUUAAAUUGUACAAGAAA